UACCAGGAGGCUGAUAAAGAGGAUGUGAACCCCGAUUACAGAGUUAAAAAAAAGCGAAAGAAAAAGCGGAGAAAAAAACGAAAAAGACAAGUAGAUAUCUCCUCACAAGUCUCCAGAAUUGAACCGGACUCUAAUCGAUCCUGUCCCGUCUUCUCCGUGCUGUGGAUAAACUGUCCCCCCCCUAUCCUCCUGUUCCCCGUUUCUUUUGGGACUAUAUGUCAACAUUUGCUGAGUUUACUACCUCAGCACUUUCAACGCAGACCGGUCCCGUUUGCUACUUGAACACAUUUUGCCCGGGAGACGGUUCAGAAGAAGAAGAAGAAAAACCUACUUUUACUGGAAAACGCCGACAGGAAUAAAAGUGGAAGCCUCCAGACAGGAUCCCUGGCUGUCAGUGGGAUGUUAGAGCUCUUGAGGUGGAGCCAGGACUGACUGAAGGAGCAUGGUUAAGCACCAGCCGCUGCAGGUCUACGAGCGCCAGCUAUGUUUGUCCUGUAUCACUGGGAUUUACGGUUGCCGCUGGAAACGCUACCAACGUUCUCAUGAUGACACCACCAAGUGGGAGCUCUUGUGGUCCCUCAUCCUCCUCUUCACCUUCUGUCUGCUGCUGGUCUGGUUUUACUUCUGGUGGGAGGCACACAAUGACUACAACGAGUUCAACUGGUUUCUCUACAACCGCUCCGGGGAGUGGAAGGAUGGCACCAUCCCCAUCCUGGCCUCAACUGCUGCUGGCUUCACCUACAUUGCAUUUUUAAUGGUUUUAGCACUUUGCCAUGUAGCGGCUGGGCAGCAGCUGAAUUUGCACUGGCUCCACAAGAUUGGAGUGACUGGCGCACUGCUCACCACCAUCAUCGGGGUGAUAUCUGUCAAUCAAACUUGGGGAGAAGAGUGGCAUGUCAUUCCUAUAUCACUGCAGGCCACAGGUCCUUUCCUCCACAUAGGUGCUCUGGCUGCAGCUACGGCAGUGUCGUGGAUAGUCGCUGGGCAGGUCGCCCGUGCAGAGAAAACAAAGUUCCAGGUGGUGAUCCUGCUGCUGUACCUGAGCGUGUUACUGGGCCUCUACAUGGUCCCUCUGUCCAUUACCUCGCCCUGCAUCAUGGACCAUGCAGACCUUAAACCACGGCCCGAUGUCAUAGGCCACCAGGGAGCCCCCAUGCUUGCUCCAGAGAAUACACUACUGUCCUUCCAGCGAGCUCUUCAGAUGAACGUCACUGGUCUUGAAGCUGACGUGGCCAUCAGUCUGGAUGGUGUGCCCUUCCUGAUGCGUGACCACACCCUGCGGAGGACCACAGACGUAGAGACGGUCUCUCCAGACAGAAAGAUGGAGGAUGCCUCGCUCUUCAACUGGACAGAUCUACACAGCCUCAACGCAGGCCAGUGGUUCCUAAAGGAUGACCCUUUCUGGACGGUGCACACCCUGUCCCAGAGAGAGAAGUACCUGGUGGCCAACCAGAGUGUAUGCAGCCUGGAGCAGUUGCUAAAGAUGGCCUCCCCCCAUAACCACACAGUGGUCUUUAGGCUAAGAAGACCCCCACCACAACACCCCUGCUACCACAGCUGGAUCAACGACACAUUGAAUGUCAUACAAUUGUCUGGGGUGCCUCAGAAUCUGGUGAUGUGGACUCCAGAUGAAGACAGAGCCCAUGUGAGACAGGUGGCUCCUGGUCUGGUCCAGACCUCAGUGAAGAAACGCAGUCCUCAGAGUCUUCAUCAGCAGGGCAUUAGCAGGCUGCUGCUGCGAUACAACCAGGCCAGCACGCAGGACAUCAGAGUGUUCUCACAGAGCAACAUCAGCCUCACCCUAUAUACCGUCAAUGAGCCCUGGCUCUUCUCGGUCCUAUGGUGCAGUGGAGUAUCCGCGGUGUCCUCUGAAGCAUCGCAUAUCCUCAAGAACGUGCCUUACCCCAUCUGGCUUAUGAGUCCAGAUGAAUACUGCCUGAUGUGGGUAUUUGCAGACCUCAUAUCCUUUGCAGUUGUCAUAGGAAUCUUCAUUUUCCAGAAGUUUAGGACGAGUGGCAUGCGCAGCUACAACCCAGAACAGAUAAUGCUAAGUGCGGCUGUCAGGAGGUCCAGCCGAGAUGUCAAUAUCAUGAAGGAGAAACUCAUCUUCUCUGGAGAGCUUAUAGAUGCCCCAAUUUUGUCUAGCCAGCCUCUGGUGCUGGGGGGUAAAAGAGGUGAGCAAUGGCGUGGGGAGUGCUGAGGAGUUCUACCUGGAGAAUGGCUACUACACCAACCAGGGUAUCACCCAGUGACCUCGAAAUGAUUCAUAUUUGUGUGAAUCUACUGUGCACCACUCGACCAGCAUGUAGGACAUAAUUUCACAGAAAAGAAAUACUGACACUCUAUAAGUGACUGACUCCUCUUGUGUUCAGAUUAUUUAUGUUGUAGUCCAUGCAUUCAGAUGGUGCGAGGUCUGUUCUCUUUCCUCUGUGCUACUGAUUGACAGACUGUUGAAUAGCUGGAAACAUGGUUACCGCCCAGUUACGACAUGUACAUUC